AUUUUGUUGAAGCGAUAUACAAACCAAAUUGCCUGGAUAUAUCCACAUGCCGAUACUGAGCCAUGGCGAAAGAACGGGCACAGAAGAAGUCUUUCCAGCGGAGUCUGGAGGACAUCAAGGAGAGGAUGAUAGAGAAGAGGAACAAACGUCUGGCCAGUGCCUCGGCUCCUAGACGGUCCAGGAUGAUACACAAAAGCAGUGGAACUAACUCAACGAACACUAUCCUGAAGGGUGUCCAGCUGAACAACAAGGCGCUGGCUGUAGCUGUGCAAGCUGAAAAGGAAAAAGUGAGACAGGCUAAUGUUGUGAUCCUGCAACUGAAAAGGGAGCAACAGGCCCUGUUCUUACACCUGCUUCUGCUCAAGAGGAAGCUCAAAGAACAGGAAGCACUGGCAGUGAGUCCUCCAGAGACUAAACCUACAAACAUCCCUGCUGAGCCCCAACACCACAUGGAUUCUUCAAGGAGAAAGCCAAGGGGCCAGAAACUUGAUGAGCCCAGUGCAUGCGAAGUCUCUCCAAUUUGUGCAGACCCUCAGCCCCCUAAAAUGAAUGGACAACGUGAAUGUAACAAGCAGGUUACUUUGCCAUCUACGGUGGGUGUGAGGCGCCGACAUACUGAUAGAAGGAGCACCAGGAGGUCUGAGCGUGUGCGAGACCAGAGAUCAUUGAGUGAAGAGGACCCCAUUGUUGGCUUGGGGGCUUCAAUAGCAAGUCCUAUUUGCAGUGACAAUAGAAACCAAAAUCAAACACAGCAAAGAGCAGAACCAGAAACUGGGGAUCCCAUUGACAAUGAACAGUUUCAGCACUCUACCCCUGAACCUGUCCCACCAAAGAAAAACAACCAGCAGCAGCCUAGCAAGAAACAAGCCCAGCAGCAAUCCCGCACCAAAACAGAACCUGCUGCACGAAAACCUGAGAGAGGCCGCAAGCCAGACCGUGCCCCAUUAAAGAAACCAUGGGAGAACCCCAAACCAAGAGCCCGUUCCAAGAGUCGGGACCGGUCAGCCACACGGACCAAAACGGCAGGCUGUCCAACACAGGGAAACAAACUCAACACCUCACUGGGAUUUAAUGACACGUUCGACUUCGACUGUGAAGAGACUGUCCACAUCACACCAUUCAGGGCCAAGGCGGAAGACAAUCAGCCAGCCACAACCAUCAGCGAAGACCCCCCACAGGCCCAAAAAGAGGCUUCACCUUUGGUUUUCAACAAGAAUGAACUCAGCUCGUCAUCACCAUCUUCUGAGUCAGAGGACAGCCUUUAUGUCCCUCAGAAGGUCAGGAGGAGACAGACCUCCCCAGAAAACACAAAGAUGAUCACCACUCGCAGAGGUCGGCCCUCUAAAGUGGUCAGACGGAAAGAAAACAUCCCUCCAAAACAGGAGAUCUCUGUCUUUAGAGAUGAUGAGUCAAGCUCUGUGGUCAUGAAGCCUGGAAAGGAAGAAUUUAAUCUCCGUGAGUCUGCUGACUUGAGCUUCUCUAACAGCCCUGACCCUGAAAGGUUGGGACAGGAAAAUCACCACGAGCCUCACAGGGAGGAAACUGAGGAGGACUGUUUGCCGCCUGUCAGCCCUCUGGUUGAAGCUGAGAUGAUGAGAAUAGACAACGUCCUAUCCAAUUUUGGAGAUUCUUCCUGUGAAGCUCCAUCUCUUUUACCCAACCAAACACCCCAGAGAGUUAAGACAUGCAAGAAGCGUGGGCUUGGUAUAAGGCCAGCAGGGCGGGGAUUGAGUCUGUGUGAUGUGAGCAAUCUGUCCCCUGCAGCCUAUCGUAAGUUCUCCUGUGGUGGGUCGCGCCCUUCUGAUGCCCGAUGCUCCACCCCUGUUCCUGCUCGUAAACGGCGAUCCACUAUGGUGGUGGACUACAAGGAGCCCUCGUUACACGCGAAACUUCGGCGGGGAGACAAAUUUACAGACUUGCAGUUCCUCCGUUCUCCUAUUUUCAAACAGAAGCCUGGUAGGCAGUCUGUCCAGAAUUCAAGGAAAUCUAUCAACGACCAGCAGUCAUUUGAGAAAUACAAUGAGUCAUUUGUUGGAUGUCGCUGAAACCACUUUGUCCUCACUGAGCUCUGUGUGUUGACUUGCAUUGUCAGUUUUAAUGUGAUUUUGGUAAUGUGAUGACAAGUGAUCACUCUGUUUUUCACUCUGUGUUGAAUUUCUUUAUAUGAUGAAGAACGACUGCGAUCAGUUGUAGAUUUUGUUCCCUUCUUAUUUUACCAAUCUUUAUUAUUUUUCCUCUUUCCGAUCUCUUUCAUCUC